UCUCUGCGAGUUAAGAAACCACGCCGCGGUAGAGAGAAACAGAGGAAAGACGACGACGAAGAUGAGAGAGACGGUGAAGUUAAUAAGCAUGGAAGGAUUCGAGUUCGUCAUCGACAGAGAAGCCGCUAUGGUUUCUCAGACUAUCCGAAGCAUGCUCACUUCUCCAGGUGGUUUCUCGGAAUCGAAAGAUGGCGUAGUGACUUUCCCUGAUAUCAGCACCACAAUACUAGAGAAGAUCUGCCAGUACUUCUACUGGUCUCUUCAGUACUCCAGAGGCAAAGAGACUGAGUUUCACAUUGAGCCUGAACUGACUCUAGAGCUGAUGAUGGCUGCUAACUACCUUCACACUUGAACCAAAAGGAUAACGCUGUUGAAUCUUAUUCGACUAGUAUAUUGCAGUUCCGUUUAGGAAUGGACACAAAAUGUAACUCCUUGGAGCAACUUGUGUGGGUUCAUAUACUUGUUUGACAAAAAUCUGCAUAGGUUUCAAGAAGAACUAUUUAAAAGUCAUGUACUUCUUUACUAGUUAGUUUUGACUGCAAACAUCGAAGUCCUUGUGGCCUUACUAGUUCCUUAUAUUCAAACAGCUUUGUAAUAAGCCACAAACGUUCUGCCCUAAUAAUGAUUGGUUUGGUGCCCAAUCCCUUGAAAAUUACUC